CAUUCUUCUUACUCUCACGAUUAUCAACCUCCAUUAAUGGAUAUCAAAACAGCAAAGGUACUUGCAGCCAUUGCAACAAUCACUACCCUCCUCAUCAUCCUUCCAAUCCUCUGGCGAUCUCUCGGCCUCUCCAAAAUAUUCUUCCUCAUUGCCGGAAUCUCUUCUGCCAUAAUCCUCAGCAUCCUCCUUUGGGUGUUAGCACAAUACAUAGCCAUAGACCACAGAAUCUUACUAAACCUGCGACAAUCAGCCGAAGAGAUUCAGCUAGAAUACAGCUUUCUCCGAAGAGUCGCUGGCCUCCCUACCAAAUUCCGUUACCGAGUUCUUGAAUCUGCAACCAAUAACUUUCGAUCACUCAUAGGCCGUGGCUCUUCUGGUUCGGUAUUCAAAGGCAUUCUGGAAGACGGCACGGUUGUCGCUGUAAAACUUAUACACGGAGUUGAACAUGGAUUUUCAGAGUUCCAAUCCGAAAUCUCAGCAAUUGCCAGUGUACAGCAUGUCAAUCUUGUUCGCCUCCUCGGAUACUGCUUCCUCCCUGAUGGUGGGCCCCGCUACCUCGUCUAUGAAUUCGUUGCCAAUGGCUCUCUUGACAACUGGAUAUUUCCAAAAAAAUUACACAACCAAUGCCUUUCUUGGCCCUUGAGAUAUCGCGUUGCAAUCGAUGUGGCAAAGGCAUUGGCUUAUCUGCAUCAUGACUGUAGAGCUAGAGUCUUGCAUCUAGAUGUCAAGCCUGAAAACAUAUUGCUUACUGAGGGUUUUCACGCCGUUGUAUCGGAUUUUGGUCUGUCAAAAUUGAUGAAGAGGGACGAGAGUAGGAUUGUGAUGACAGUUCGAGGGACUAGAGGCUACUUAGCUCCGGAAUGGUUAUUGGAUCGCGGAGUCACGGAGAAAUCUGAUGUUUAUAGCUACGGAAUGGUUCUGUUUGAAUUAGUUGGAGGUCGAAGAAAUGUGCAAAUGGUUCAGUUGGGCGAAGGAGACGAGAGAAAAUGGUCCUAUUUUCCAAAGAUUGUGGCUGAGAAAUUGAUUGAAGGGACACUGAUGGAGGUUGUUGAUAAGAGAGUCUUAGGAGAAAUUGAUGAAAUCCAAGUUAGGAAUUUGGUUAAGGUUGCACUGUGGUGUGUACAAGAGGAGGCUGGGCUAAGGCCUAGUAUGGCUAGAGUUGUGGAUAUGUUAGAGGGGAGGAUUGAAGUUGGUUCACCUCCGGAGACUGAAAUGGUCAUUGUGGAUAUUUUGAGUAGUGAUGAUAUGAAACCCAUCGCGGGUGGUGAUGGUGGUGAUAAUGGUGAUGCCCAUGCAUCAUCGUCGUUGUUGGUGUUCAGAUCAGAAGAGCAGCAAAUGUUUGGGUCGAAUUGUUCGUUGAGUAUGAGUGUUCUGUCUGGUCGGUAGAGGUUAGAAUAUGCAUUUGUCGAAUUUUCGGAGGUUAUUUGAUAUAGGGUUAAUUGCAGAUUGACACCCUGUAAUAUCGCCCCAUUAUGGAUAGAACCCUUGUACUAAUCACCCAAUUGCGG